GGUGGCGGCGGCGGCAGCUGGCGACCGGGCGCGUUAGACGGGGCCGGGGUCCGCGGCGCGCUCUCCGCCCACAGAAAUGAGCCGUCAGACUGCUACAGCUUUACCCACUGGCACCUCAAAGUGUCCACCAUCCCAGAGGGUACCUGCCCUGACUGGCACAACUGCAUCCAACAAUGACUUGGCGAGUCUUUUUGAGUGUCCUGUCUGCUUUGACUAUGUGUUGCCACCCAUUCUUCAGUGUCAGAGUGGCCAUCUUGUUUGUAGCAACUGUCGCCCCAAACUUACAUGUUGCCCUACCUGCCGGGGCCCAUUGGGAUCCAUUCGCAACUUGGCUAUGGAGAAAGUGGCCAAUUCCGUACUUUUCCCUUGUAAAUAUGCCUCUUCUGGAUGUGAAAUAACUCUGCCGCACACAGAGAAGGCAGAACACGAGGAGCUCUGCGAGUUCAGGCCUUACUCCUGCCCCUGCCCUGGUGCUUCCUGUAAGUGGCAAGGCUCCUUGGAUGCUGUCAUGCCCCACCUGAUGCAUCAGCACAAGUCCAUUACAACCCUGCAAGGAGAAGACAUUGUUUUCCUUGCUACAGACAUUAACCUUCCUGGUGCUGUUGACUGGGUUAUGAUGCAGUCUUGUUUUGGCUUUCAUUUUAUGUUAGUCUUGGAGAAACAAGAAAAAUACGACGGUCACCAGCAGUUCUUCGCAAUUGUGCAGCUGAUAGGAACACGCAAGCAAGCUGAAAAUUUUGCUUAUCGACUUGAGCUAAAUGGUCAUAGGCGGCGAUUGACUUGGGAAGCGACUCCUCGAUCUAUUCAUGAGGGAAUUGCAACAGCCAUUAUGAAUAGUGACUGCCUAGUGUUUGACACCAGCAUUGCACAGCUUUUUGCAGAAAAUGGCAAUUUAGGCAUCAAUGUAACUAUUUCCAUGUGUUGAAACGGCAAUCAAAUAUUUCUGGCCAGUGUUUAAAAUUUACAUUUGACUUCACAGAGAAUAAGGCACCCAUCUGCUUGCCAACCCAAAACUCUCCUGGUAGGUAGAAGCUAGACACAUGAAGGUAAAUAAAAAGAAAGGCUGUUAAUACAGGAAACAGUUGCAUGUAGUAACACUAAUAUAUUUAAAAAUAAUUCAACAGUAAACCACUGAAAAAAAAAUAUAUAUAUACCCAAGAUGGGCAUCUUUUGUAUUAAGAAAGGAAACCUUGUAAAAUAUUUCUGAACUUUGUGUUUGUUGUAGAUUGAUUGUAUUGUUGACAACAAUUUUUUGGGGGUGUGUGUUUGUGCGCGCACGCGUGCACAUGUAUGGUUGGUUUUCCUUUAACUGACAAGCCAUCUAUGUGGUCAUGGACCACUGCUUUCCCCCUGUGAGUCAAUACAUAGUGCUGCUGUGGUUUUGUUUUGUUUUUUUUUGGUGUGUGUGUGUGUAUUUGCUAAUUUUUAUUCUACUUUUUCAUUAAAUAAAUUUGACUUUCUUUUCUGUAAUUCAGGUUUUUCUCACUUUUGUACCUUUUAAGUUAGUGUCUUUUUGAUAUUCAUACUCGCUUAUGUCAGAAGUUUGUGUUCAGUACAUACUUUCUUUUCCUUCAAUCAAUUUAUUAGAAAUAUUUUUAAUUCAGCCCUUUUGUGAAAAUAGGAAUUCCAGAAAGGAAAGGUAACAGCAGAACAGCUGAAACAAGUGUCGGAUGGUCUUGUCUCUCACUCGGUCACUCUCCUGUGUGAGCCACACCGGCAGGCUUACUCUUGGAAAGCUUAGGUUAGGGAGUAAACUCUGAUUUAUAUAAAUAUUCAAAAGAAUCAGGUUUUUCC